AGUUCAUAACCAGUUAUCCCACAGGAAAGGCAUGACAACACGUUUCCGAGCGCACCACACAGAACUGUAAACAGGAUGACCCAGGUCUGAAAUCCUAACGCUCAACACUCUCAGAUUAUUUGACAGCUUAAACGAAGCUUACAGCGACCGGAUUAAAAGAUAAGAAACUUAAGAUAUGAGGAUAUAAAUUCAACUCAUGACAGUCUUCAAGUAUAUUUCACUGCAGUUGGCAGUGACAGUCUUCUGUUUCUCCUCAAUAUAUGCAUAUAACUACGAAGAGAUACGCAAAUGGAAUGCAUCCUGCUAUCCAAAAGACACUUGCUCCGUUCCUCGAGACCUAGAUGACUCAGAUAAACAUAACUGCGACUGUAGCAGUCUCUGUGUACUGUAUGACACGUGCUGCAUCGACUCUCAAUUCCUAAACAUCAGUAGCAAGUAUGAGAGAAUUGCGUCAUGCAGACCAUCUGGCCAGCAAGAGGAAUACAUUUUCAUGGUGGACGCAUGUCCAGCCUCUUAUACUGGACCGCAAGCCAUUCGCAGGCGUUGUGAACAGAAUGAUAAGAACUGGAGUGAUCCCUUCAAUAAUGUACCAGUAACUCAUCUGCUUUCCCAGAAGACAUACAAGUCUCUUUUUUGUGCCAUCUGUAAUGGGGAAAAUCCGAAAGAACUGGUUAUGUGGCAGAUCUUCUUGGAUUGUUCUUCUUUGAAAUCGGAAACGAUCUGCACAGAAGAGAGGAGUUUUGUCCUCAGCAACAUGGUAUACAUCCGAGAGAAAGGUAUGUGGGGUCUUUGGUCUCACGAUCCAGAAACUGACUGGAAUUUCAGAUAUCUUACCAUCAGUUAUAGGAUGCCAGAAGGCAUCAAGAAAUUCACCACCGAAUGUCGGCCUAAUGUUGUAUCCGAAUGUCAUCCAACGUGGAAGAAUCAGAAAAUAAAACGCUUAUGUGAAAAUUACAUGGGUGUGGUGUACUUCACGAAUACCACCUAUCGCAAUAUCCAUUGUGCACUCUGUAAUUAUGAGACAAACGUGACAUCUAUGUCUUGCCACGAAACGAUGGUCUCAGCCUUCAAAGGUGGUCCAUCCAUGAACUUUGGGGUUCUUCUUGAUAUUGAUCUUAGUGAUGGUGAAAAGGUAGGUAUGGUGGAGAAAAAAUGCGAACAAGACCAAGUGUAUGAUCCAUUUAAGAAAAAGUGUCGUGAUAUCGAGUGUCCUCUGCCCGGAUACUCACUAAAAAAUGGAAAAUGUGUCAAGGAAUAAACAACAUAAGGCUUGAUGAGAAAUAUUUCUAGAACUGCAAGACAGUUCAUUUGAAUAAGUCUUUUGAGAAAUAUAAUGUUUGUUAUUGUAAUGCAUUAUGUAAAUACAUAUUGUGGUUAGUGAUUAUCGUUACAUAUUGUGGUUAGUGACAUGUGUGAUUAUCGUCCUAUAAUCAAAAUAUAUUGAAAUCAUUUAAAUACUAAUUUCAUUUACAGGACAACAAAGUGAUUGUAACCUACUUGUUACUUAACAUCAUGAUAUCUUAGUAUAGUACAAGUUAUCAAGAAUUGUAUUUAUAGAAGUUGGGAUACAUCAUUGGGAAUUAUGUUAUUUUAAGAGACAUUUUCUAUUUAAAAUCUCACAGCAUAAAGGAACUUUUUUAUCUUUAAGGCACAAUUUAUUAUUAUUAUUAUUACAUGUUUUGGAUAAUUUAUUUUAUUCAAUGUAUCAAUGUCGUUUUUAUACUUAAUAUUUAAUUUUUAUUACUUCUAUUUGCAAUAUUUGUGUAACUAUAUAUUUGAUUUCUGAAUAUCUUGUAUCUUCC